AUGUCAACCGCUACGCACCGUGGCCCUCGAGCUGGUCGGAAGUCAACCGCGGAUAUGGGCAUGGUCCAGCACGAUCCUGAUAAUGAAGAGAAUCCUCCUUUGUCUGGACGCCCUAGCCGUGUUGCUUCACAGGGUGCUUCGAAAAAGUGGGCGUCGAUGAUCCCAAAGAGUCGUGCGCCGUCAAAACCAAAACCUGAUUCUUCGGAGCAGUCAACCGAUAAGUCAAACGCCUACCAGCCUAUGCAAGCAGUAGUUGCAACGAAGCCGGACAAGGAAAAGCGCAAGAGAGCGGAGUCUGUAGUUGAGAGAGGUGGCCUGGUCGGUCAUCGCGCUGAAGAGGAAGUGUCGGAGCGCCACAAGCCGAAGAAGGCCAAAGUUGUGCGCUCCGUCAAAUCUGAUGGUUCAAAAUCUAGGCGACAUGGACCUGCAGUCAUUAACGAUGAUUCGGACUCCGGAACAGACAUCCGAAUUGCGAAGCCAAUCCGAGUCAAGUCCUCCGGCGCUACUAGGUCAGCGCCACUUCGCCCGAAGUCACAAGAGUCUAGUGUUAUGCGCUCCCAGCCUCUUGCUCGUAUUCUUCCACGGGCUGCUACUCCUGCCAACAUUGAAGACGCUCUCGGUGACAGCGGCGAAGAAAGACAGGGCACCCAAUCACAGGAGGAGGAUGACGACGAGGAAGUGCCGGAGCCUCGUGAACAAUGUGACGACUUCGAUGUGGAGCGAGUCAUAUUCUCACACUCAGGUGCGUAA